GUAUCGGCUCAAGGAGGCAGACAGGAGGAGGCGAUGCGAGAGGAGGCGGCGGCGGCGAGGUUGACGUCACGCGCUCCCGAUUCAAUCGCGCUCGCUCUCUCCCAGCCGCCUCCAGUGCUCUCUCGACUGCCAACAACAAGCACAAAGGAAGAAGAAGAAGGGGCACUGGGGCACGCACACACACACACAGUUGAACUUCAUUAG